AUGAUGAUCAAACUGCUCCUGCUCAUGGUGCUAUUCGACUCCAGCCUCUGCCUUACUGAGAAAGGCAGAGCUGCCUUGACAAGGGCAUUCAAAGGAAUCGAUCUUGAAAAGCGUCACGAGAGGUUGAGAAUGCUUGGCAUGAAAGGUUUGGGGCUGAGCACCGGAGCAGGAAAGUCCACUGCCUCAACGAACGGGAAAACAAUUUCUGCAACGGCUACAAACGCAGCAGCUGGAGGACUGAAAUCAGCAAUCGGUGGUGUAGCGCCAAUCCAAGAAGUAAAUCAUGCUGAAGGAAUCGACGAGUACUUGUAUGACGGCGACAUGAUCCUCACUGAGUACACCAUAAUACGAGCCGUUGACGCCAGAAUCCCGCCAUCCACAAAGCAAAAAAUCUCCGUUACUGCCCCAUCUAAAUGCGACAAACAACAAACUGCUGCUCACAAGUCAUUUAUUAGAACGACGCUGAAAUAUCUUCAAGCUCGUACAUGCAUCACUUUUAUUGAGAGUGCCACGGCAAAGUCUCGUAUAAGAGUGUUCGACGGUUCCGGCCUGACUAUCUCGUUUGUUCGGAUAUGUCGGCAGCGCACAAGAUUUAUCACUGGCUCCUGGUUUGCUUGA